UGUAUUAUUAUGUGCAUUAGUUACUGUGAAAAAUUGAUCUAAAUAACUAAACAAUCCUAAUAAAAGAAAAUCAUUGUACGAUCAUUUAUCCGGGAAAAUUCCAUCUACGAUGACAAUGAAGAUACAUUUGGCCAUUUAUUUGAGUCUAUUAGUGGCUGUCAAUGCUUAUGAAAUAUGGCCACAUCCAAAACAAAUGAAAAUGAAUGAUACAUUUUUAUCGAUCGAUCCGAAAAAUUUUACAAUCCAUUCGAAAACAAAUGGUGAAUGUCAAGUUCUUAAUCGAGCAAUUGAACGAUAUUUAGAUAGAAUGUUUAUACAAGAUUGUUCACUUGUAAAUGAACAAUUUCGUGGACGAUAUCUUUCGAAUAAGACGGAAAAUUUCAAGAAAAUGACUAAUUAUUCUGGACAAAUGACAACGUUACUCAUACUGGUUCAUGAUAAAUGCGAAACAAUGCCCAAUACAAAAAUGAAUGAAGCUUAUACAGUUAAAAUCGAUAAAGAUCAUUCGGUAAUUGAAAGUAAAUCUGUUUGGGGUGCUUUACGUGGUCUGGAAACAUUUAGUCAAAUGUUUAGACAUGUUGGCAAAAAUCAAUUCAGUAUUAAUACUGGUCAAAUUGAUGAUGAGCCUCGUUUUGCAUUUAGGGGUGUAAUGUUAGAUAGUUCACGUCAUUUUCUUCCUCUUCAUGCUAUCUACGAAACAUUAGAUGCAAUGGAAAUGAACAAAUUCAAUGUUUUUCAUUGGCAUAUUGUCGAUGAUCAAUCAUUUCCAUUCGUGUCGACAACAUUUCCAGAACUAAGUAAAAAAGGAUCAUAUAGAUCAAACUUUAUUUAUACACCUGAAGAUGUACAAAAAGUAUUACGGUAUGCUAAUGAUCGUGGAAUACGUCUUAUACCAGAAUUCGAUUCACCUGGUCAUACAGAAUCUUGGGGAAAAGGGCAACCAAAUCUGCUGACACAAUGUUAUGAUGGAAAAGGAAAACCGAUACCGAAUUCGUAUGGACCAAUCAAUCCUGUAUUAAAUUCAACCUAUGAAUUUAUACAGAAACUUUUCCAUGAGAUAGCCGAACGUUUUCCCGAUCAAUAUAUGCAUUUAGGUGGUGAUGAAGUAGACUUUGGUUGCUGGAAAUCGAAUCCGAUUCUGCAAGAAUUCAUGAAAAUCAAUCAAUUUGGUGAUGAUUAUGCAAAACUAGAAAGUUAUUACAUAACUAAAUUAAUCGAUAUCGUACAGAAUCUGAAUCGAAGUUAUAUUGUAUGGCAAGAAGUGUUCGAUAAUGAAGUAAAAAUUCGUCCAGAAACGGUCGUUCAUGUAUGGAAAAAUGGUGCAUUAUGGCAAAUGGAAAUGAAAAACGUAACAAAAGCCGGAUAUCAGGCAUUGUUAUCAUCUUGUUGGUACUUGAACUAUAUUAGCUAUGGAAACGAUUGGUAUAAAUAUUAUCAAUGUGAUCCACAAAAUUUCAAUGGUACAAUACAGGAACAGAAUCUUGUCACUGGUGGUGAAGCAUGCUUGUGGGGUGAAUUCAUUGACGCAUCCAAUCUCAUAAGUCGAACCUGGCCAAGAGCAUGUGCCGUUGCCGAACGACUUUGGAGUCCAAAAUCGUUCAAAGAUCCAAAAAAAGCUAAAACACGUUUUCAUGGACAACGAUGUCGUAUGCAAAUUUUAGGAUUAAAAGUUGAACCGAUUGAAGGACCCGAUUUUUGUUACUGUGAUGAUGCCAUCUAAUGUUAUAAUUUCCAACUAUCCA